AAAUAAAUACAAAAAUAAAAAAACUUCUCAAAAUAUAAAGUAUUAUCAUAGUAGUAAUAGUAGUAGUAGUAGUAGUAGUAGUAGUAGUAGUUGAAUGUUGAUGUGUAUGUCCUACACUUACAGGGUCGCAUCUAGGAUGGAACAACAAAUUGCUAAAUCUGAAAAAACUCUCGCGAGACCGCUCUGUUCGACGACAUAUCCUAACUAUUCGAGAUCGAGAGGCAAAUGCCUAACCAUCUCGCGAGAGUUUCCCCAGCUUGCGGGCUCCCUUCUAGACACUACCCUCCUACAGCUCCAUUCAACAUGCCGCAUUCCUCGUGGUCACGUGACCAGCGCGCUGUCUAAUCACGUCGUUUAAAUGAUGUGACGCACCAGAUUCAAAGUUGGCAGCAACGUUUCUGUUGAACUACUCCUGCAGCUACAUGUUUUCAUGUUUCCACCCGCAGAUCAAGCUGCUUCUGAAAAGCUUAUAAAAGUGAUAUAGCGAGUAUCUCCAUGUUUUCAUACGAGUGAAGUGGGUUUAAACUCUCAGGAUGGACGGUAGAGUCAUUGGACCGGGUCCGUACCGGGCGACCAAGCUGUGGAAUGAAAACAUUAAACUCUUCCGUGGAGGCAUGUCGCUGAGAAGGCACUGGGCACACUUCCGCUACUAUGAUUGCAGUUUCACAGGAUCCGAGGCUGUUGAUUAUCUGCACGAGCUGCUGAGACGCAACUACAACUUUGGGCCGAGGUGACUCGCUACCAGACGCUGCCAGCUGCUCAGGAAGUUCCUCAAGGCCCAUGUCAUUGAAGACAUCAAAGGACGCCAUGGGACAGAGGACUUUGAAGACAAUGGCCAUCUGAUACAGCCCUGGGCUGUUGUCUUUCUCUCCAGGUUCCCCACUACAUCCCCCCUGAAGUCUUUUCCAACCAGGCCUCUGUUGAGAGACAGCAGUGACCUUCCCAGACUCAUUCGCUGGGAUGACUACGAAGAAUUGCCUCAGCGGGAAAACAUUCCACCCCUAAAGGCUGCUGCCAUGACCUCCGAUUUGUGGAAUAAAAGGCACAGUGUAGCUAUUGGGGAUGUGAAUGAAUGCAAGCUCAUACGUCGGAAGGAGAUAACUCCAAAGCAGGUGGACCACAUCUGGAAAUCGAUGACAGUAGCUCAUUUGCAGAGAGUGUUGGGCCUGCAGUCAUUGGAUGGAGUUUUAAACCCAAAGCACGUGAUCGGCAAGCACAUUGUUCACAAUGUGUUCAGCGUUAAUAAGACGGGCAUAGUCGUAUUGGAGAACAAAGCCGAGGACAUGCCAUAUUGGGUGGUAUCAGCAAUGAAAUGCCUCGCCAAUUGGCCCAAUGGCAAUGAGAGCAAACAGCCAGUGUACCCGGGUUUCGAGAGGGAUGUUCUGAGAACAGUGGCAGAUUACUUUCAGAGACUCAAAGAACCCCUGCUGACUUUCCAUCUAUAUGAAGUCUUUGUCAACAUUCUCAGUCUGCUGCAGGAGCAGGAGGUAGCCACCGAGGCUCUUCAACUCAGCUGUGUCUUACUGCCGCCGCCCAACCGAAGACGCCUCCAGCUUUUACUGCGCCUCAUGGCCCGGGUCUGCCAGAACCCCCACCUGCCUCCACUCAAUGACACCAUUGCUACCCGCACACUGAUGGUGCAGAUGUUCUCCCACUGCGUUCUGGGCUCAGUGGAGGAGAUGGACCUGGAUGAGCUGCUUGCCACCAAACUGGUGACGUUCAUGAUGGAGCACCACAACACCAUCUUCCAAGUUCCUUCCAAGCUGCGUUGCCAGGUCGAGGAGCACCUGUCCCACCUCAAAAGAGUUCAAAUCAAAUACGCGGGUUCAGAUACAGACUUCAGCGCAUCUCCAGCUUUUUGUAAACAGAUCAGCAGGGUGGAGUCUGAGGAGCCGAAGGUGAUAGGAACCCAGACCCCCCUGCAGGCGCUGCUGGAAGGCCUGAUUGCAGACAAAGAACUCCCUGCUAAGGACAAGAGGAAAAGGCUCAAACAGUUCCAGAGGUCGUACCCAGAAGUCUACCACAAUCGAUUUCCCACCGAGGAAAGCAAAGCUGCUGUAGUGCCCGAGAAAACGCCACGACUCAAACCUCAUCUCAUGUUCUUCAACCUCAAGAAACCCUUCCAGCCCUUUCAGAGGAGCUGGAGUUUUAGAGCGUGAUCUGCCACCAUUGACACAUCUACACUUCAGGUCUGUACGCACAACUCAACCUCAGCGUCAUGAGACACGGAGCAAUGUGGCUGUAAUGGUGCUCCGGCCGUACAAUCAAUGUUUAAAAUUAUAAUUACUUGGACUUUGUAGCACUGUUAAACUAAGUCAGUUCACAAAAAUACACUCAACAAUAAUAAUAAUAAUAAUGAUAGUACAUUCCCACUAAAUCUUAGUGGUAUCCAGCUUGGUUUAGUUGCAAAACAUUGGCAACUAUUUUCAAACUGCAAACAAUAAAUGUGGAUGGCUGAGCUGACCCUUUGAACAAAAACAUUUUACUGUGUUUCUAGAAAACUUGAACAAAGUAUAGAAAGCAAUGAUGCACUAACACUAAAAGAACCACUGAUGUCUCUUAAAAUGAACAGAAUAGUUGUUCCAAAACUGUGUAUUGGUACAUUUUUCUACUAAGAUACUGUAUGUUAGGAAGAUCUAAUAAGCAGGGGUGACAUUGUCCUCCCCGUAACUAAAUUGAAUGGAAUGCAUUUCAAAAGUAUUAAUAGGUUAUUAGGUGUUAACAUUAUAGGUUAUGAAAAGUGAAUGAACAUAGCGCUUCAUACUCUUAAAACAUUUCUAUUGAUACAUAGUUUUUUACUGUAACAGAAAUAUUCAGAUGCAUUUCCUGGUAUUAAUUGGCCUUCAAACUGAUUAUGUAAUUUCAUGAGAUUGACUCUUGCAAUGCAAAGGUGCAUUCAAUUUUUAUACUGUUUAUGUGGAAUGAUCAUGAUGUUGAAUCUAGGCAACUCGGAGCCUAAUCUUUGUCAGUUAAACAGUUAUUUAAUGUUAAUGAACAUAUCAAGGGUUUGCUGAGAAAGGGAGUGUAUGUGACGUGUUCAAUAACUGAGGAGCUGUAGUUGAGCUUCAGCUGAUAAUUUAAUUUGUAACUACAAAAAAAAAUGUUAACAAAUGAGGGAAGAUCUACCUGGCCUGGGUGAAAAUUGUAGAUUAAAUCUGCUGUAAAAAUUGUACAACUACAUUAAGUAAUUUUUUUAAAUCUUGAUGCUGAAUCCUAAUCUCAGAAAAAGAGAAAAACCGAGGCGAAAGUGUCCUUACCCUCUAAGCCCUCCUUUAACCAUUACUUGACAGGUCCUGCUGUAUUAUGCACUCUUAAAACGACUCAUUUCAUGUUUUUACUUGUUGGUUUUAUUCUGUAUAUAAGAACUCUUCUUGACUGGUACAUAUUUCAAUGUCUCAAAUACUCCUCUUUCACUGUUUUCAAUGUUCAUUUUCUAUCACCUGCUGUUCUGUCAUGUCAAUCAGUUUGUUUUUCACUUAAUUUGAGAAUUGUUUUUAUUUUUGUAAUGAUUAAGUGCUGAUAUUCCUAUACGGAUUUUCAUAGAUGUUCUUUGAACAACUGUAAUAAUGCUGGAACAACUGUUACACUUGAAUUGCUGCUCUGUGCUGGAAACUCUUCAACAGGAUAAUAAAAAUGAAUUCAUGUUGAUGCUGA